ACUCUUAUAAUAGUUUUUAUAGGUUUAUAAGUGAUGUUACAAGUUUUAUAACGCAUACCAAAACGCUUUAAAUUCUGUAAUAAUAAAUCCAAAACCUUAUGUAUAAAACCUGUGGCGUUGGUUACUUCGGUUUGAGUGGUAAUGUUCAUUAUUUCAUUGGUUUCGAAAGUGUUGAGAAAAUGAGUAAUUAACUUCACCUUCUUCAAGAACAUUGAGAUCCAACAAAUGCGGUAUUAGCAAGAUGCAGCUCCUCCGCAAUACCGUCGAGAAGUUGGAGAAUUUUUAAAUAAUCAUUACCACAGAAAUAGAUCGGUAAAGCUGGAUUCAUUGGAUGGCCUCCUCGAUCAUGUGACAACACUGCUGGAUUAAUAAAAGUUGUUUAAAGGCUUCCUUGGACGAGAAUCCAGCAGAUGAGUCGUGCGACGGCCUGUUUUAUUACAGCGACGACAUGUUGCAGUGCUUGAAAUACGCGUCAGAGUAUGACACCGCGUGUCACGAAAAACGCCAGUGUACAGAGUGGCUAGAUUCGGCGCAGAAAAGCAGCGAAAAUAUCGACUGCAGGAACAACAGAUGCAUCUGCGACGAAGGUUACAGGUGGUUCCAGGGGGAAUGUCGCGCUUACGUCGGCAAGGGACAAUCCUGCAGCUCUUCCGUCGAUUGCUACGACGAUAUGGAUCAACUCGCGCUGACCUGCAAGGACAACACGUGCCAGUGCAGCGCCGGUUAUUACGAGAGGGAACACGACUGCAGGAUAUCGUCCCACGUAUGGGAAGAAUGCGCCAUAAAAAGCGACUGCAAACCCUUCUCGUUGCUGUUCCUGACGAUCGAGAGUACCUGCGAGUUGGGGGUGUGCGUGCGGACCGACUCCGACCAGCUGCGGUCCUGCAGUACUGCAGAGUGCGACUCGGCCGAGUCGGACUACUUCGAAGUUCAGGACAAGCAAAUCAUAGCGGAUUACGUGUUACGAGAGGACCCGCCCCUUUCUUCCUGCAAGGGCCUCUCGAACGUCACAACGAGUGACGAGUGCGAUUCCUGCGAGGACGCCUUCUGGUUCAAGAGCUCGUCGUGCGUAUGCGAACCGGGUUUCUUUGCGAUGGACGACUUCUGCGUGGCCGAGCUGGGGAUGAAAAACGUCGGCGUCCUUUACAAGCAAAACAAGGACUGUCCGAUCAAGCCGGGGAAGCUAAAAGAUGGCGUGUGCUACUGCAGGAACUACUGGUUCAACGACUACACCAACAGGAACUGCAUCAAAACCACUUUGGAGGUGACCAAGUCUUGCAUGGACGACGGAUGGUGCCAAGCGAUGGGGCCCCACGCAUUCUGUAACUCCACGACCGGUCAAUGCGAGUGCAACAGAGCGUCUAGGUUCGACGAAACGGGAUUCUAUUGCGAGGUGACCGAUGAAAGCUUGCUCCAAGGAAAAUGCUUGAACGACACCAAGAGCAGCCAGUGUCCGGUGAACGAAGAAUGCAGGGACCAGGAAUGCGCGUGUGUCGAGAACUUUGAGAGGAUCGACGGUCUAUGCCUCCCGACACUCGGCGGAUCGUGCUCGUUCAGAAACUGUUCGCACAUAGAAGACGCGACUUGCAGCAGCAACCCCGGCGGGGAUAACACCUGUCAAUGUACCACCGGCUACGUGUCAAACACGACCCAUUGCUUUAAAGUCGCGGAACGUUUGUAUGAUAACUGCGUGGUCGACAUGCAAUGCGCGUCGAUCGAUCACGCCAUCUGCGGCGUCGCGACAUCGGCCAACGCGACGCAGACAGGCUGCAUCUGCGCGGAAAGUUUCGUCGACCGCAACGCCACCUGUUACGCGCAGAAAAGUUACGGCUCGACGUGUUCGACCCGUCGCAACUGUACGGCGGUGCUGAACGACAGUUUCGAGUGUCGCAACAGUCUCUGCCAGUGUCCGGUGUCGAAAACCUACAAGGACGGGUACUGUUCCGCGGCUCUGGUACCUUCAGCUCAUCACCACAUGGCCCUCUUGAUCGCCGUGUUCGCCUGGUUCGGGUGCAAGUUCUGAAAACGCCGACGUCGCGGCACCGUAAAAGAUUAAUUGCGUUCGGGAUUUCGCGUGUAACUGUGAUAUUAGGUUAUAGGAACGUCACACGCGUUUCGAAACGUCUAAAUUUCGGGUUCAGUUCGCCGUUCCGUUUCUUACCACCUACGGCGUUUUUAAUCUUUUCCGCCGCGCAUUCUUCCCCAAACCGUUCGUUUAGUUCGAUUUUGUUAUUUAUUGUUAUGCUUAAGUCAUCAUCAGCGUUUUCGUCGUUAUAAAUUGAU